CAGCGUUCAAACAACGGUACCGUGUUCAUCCGCAAUGUGGAUCACCUCACGGGCGGCAACUACAAAUGCGAAGUUUCGGCAGAUGCCCCUUCUUUCAAGACAAUGUUCGUCGAAAAGCUCAUUCGGAUAGAUUGGUAACAUGGUUGAAACAGACCACUACGCGGAGAGAUACCAACAGGAACGGCGAAGUCCAGCCACGACUUCCGCCGUUGUGGUGCAGAAACAAAGGUGGUGCCGGCUCAAGAACGCGGCUCAACCCAAAAAUUACAUUAUAUUCUCGCUGCGGCCCUCAACAUGGUUCCAGUGUCGCCUCAAGAUUGUUGCUGGCGCAGCAGUGCUUACACUUCUAGCUUACCUACUCCUACGCCUCCUAGCUCCUGUGAUCAGUGCAGCCUUAUCUGAGACACCUCUUAGGUGGUUCCCAGACCCGGACAUCCCUAAGAAACCUAUACCGCUCGAGCGGCUGUAUAAUAAGCCACGCAAGUACCUCAUAAAUCCUCAAGACGCAUGCCCGGCAGAUAUGCCAAUCGACUAUCUCUUCAUGGUCUAUUCGGCACCUCAAUAUGUCGAAGCCCGAAGCGUCAUUCGACGAACCUGGGCAAGUGACGCGAGGAAGUACUCUGGUAACAGGGUCAUUUUUCUCUUCGGCAAGCCCAGCACCGCUAGGUUACAGAGCGCCCUGGAGUUUGAAUCGCAGCAAUACGGGGACAUUGUGCAAGAGGAUUUCGUGGACACCUACCACAACCUGACGCUGAAGACGGUAAUGAUGCUUCGAUGGGCGGCGCACCACUGCCCGCAGGCCCGCUUCGUCGUCAAAAUAGACGACGACUGCUUCCCUAACCUGGCCAAUUUUUAUCGGGCCAUGCAUGGUCAAGCAGAGGACGCCAUCUACGGUGAACUGAGGCAUCGCGACCGACCCGUACGCGAGCUUGGACACAAGUGGUACAUCUCGCGCAAAGAGUUCCCCAGGGACAUGUUUCCCGACUACAUCACGGGAGGUAUGUACGUCAUCGGCGGCCGUGUCGUGAAUCUUCUCUACAGGGCCACGGGGCAGGUUAAGUUCUUCCGCGUUGAGGACAGCUAUCUCACCGGAAUGUGUGCGGAAAGAGCGGGCGUCGCAAGGACUAACUUGGUGGGCACGUACAACCUCAAGCUGUCUUCCCUGUGCGAUUACAAGAAGGCCAUCUACGGUCAUCACGUGACGCCUAUGGAAAUGAACGAAGUGUGGUACGCCAUGAAGCGUCUCGAAUACAAGUGUCAUCGACUUUUAUUCAGCGUUCAUUUAUGCUACUGCCGACCAGUGGAUACGUCUGCCGAUUUUGUUAUUGAGACACCCGUGUUUUGAAAAGAGUGACGCUUAAUUUUUAUUAUGAAUUAACAGCCUCUAAAGGCAUAGCCGCAAACAGUCCAGACACCGCAAACCUGAACUCUAUUUUUGUCACAUCUUUUAGUGAAUCUUCGGCAUUCGCAUCUCAGUGUUUUUCUCAGAUGAUCUCGUAUUAGCACUCUGAAUAAUUUAUUUCUUACAUACGUGUUCCUUUAAAGGGGUGGGUAGGCACCUAGAAACUCUAGUAAAAGAUAUACAACGCUAUAUGAAAGGUGAAACAUCAAAAUAAAGUUGUUGUUU